UACCAACGUUUCCUCCACCCUCUCUCAAAAGUUCCCGGUCCCUUCCUCGCGAGCAUCACACCCCUAUGGCUCGUCUAUCACUCCCGUGCCCUUCACCGCCAUCGCCUCGAAAUUGAUCUCCACAAAACCUACGGCCCUAUCGUGCGCCUCUCGCCUAACGAAGUUUCUCUCUCGGAUCCCAAGAACAUCAAGCUGGUCUACGGCGCCAGCUCCCCCUUUGUGAAGUCCCGCUGGUAUGAGACGAUCGCGUCCAAGGACCCUGAGGGGAUGAAUCUGCUCGGCGAGUCUGAUAUGAAGAAGUAUCACGCGCAGCGGAGAUUGAUUGGGCCAGCAUUCACGACCGAGUCUGUUAAGAGGCGGGAAUUCCUGCUGGAUAAGCCUAUGGGGAAGUUUGUCGCGAAGAUGAAGGAGGGAGGUGGAAGGCCGGUGGAUUUGGUGAAGUGGAUGAAUAUCCUCGCUCUUGACCUGUUGACUGAGAUCACGUUUGCGGAGUCGAUGGAUUAUAUCAGUACUGGGGAUGAUCGGGAUAACGCGAAAGAUAUCGAUAUAUUCUGGCAGAAGGUUCAGUGGGUUGGCUUGGUUCCCGACAUGUGGCGGGGAUACACGUGGGCCGCAGAGAAGUUGCGAAAUAUUGGGUUGCCUUUACUAUCAGAACCUACUACGCACAACUUGAACAUCAUCAAGUUCUACAUCGCCCAACUCACAUCCCGCGCCAAAUCCGCCACCACUACCUCCGCAACCCACGCAGACAUCGCAAGCGACAUCGCCCGCUUCGCUGCCUCACACCCCAACUUCAAGCCCCAAUGGGCCGCAACAACAAUCGUUCAUAUCAUCGCCGCCGGUUUUGACACACUUGGAAUGACGCUGUCCGCCUGUUUCGGGCAUAUCGGCCGUAGCCCAACAAGCCAGGCAAAACUGCACGCCGAGCUCGACAACGCCCUGAAAGAAGGCCAGUUAGACGACGCUCCAAGCUACGAACAGGUAGCCAACCUGCCAUACCUGCAUUCCUGCCUGACAGAAGCAAUGCGCCUCACCACCGUCAUCGGCGUGAGCCUCCCUCGCGUUGUGCCAGGUUCCGGCGCUGUGGUCGAAGGCCACGAACUCCCAGCUGGGACCGUCAUAGGUGCGAAUCCUUGGGUUGUGCACCGCGAUAAGGGGAUUUAUGGGGAAGAUGCUGAGGAGUUCCGCCCAGAGCGGUAUCUCGAGGCGAGUAAGGAGCGCCGAUAUGAAAUGGAUGCGCACAGUCUGGCUUUUGGUGGACCCAGCAGGAGCUGUCCUGGCCGCUAUCUAGCGUGGGUUACGCUUACGAAGACAGUGGCGGCAAUAUUCUUGCAUUUUGAGAUUGAGGUGUUGGAGGAGGCGGAGGCGAAAAGCAAGUGU